GACAUCAGGACCGAUCAUCAAUGGCAAGGAGGGUGGAGAUGGUUGCCUCCUUUGGGAUCCUGGGGAUGACCAUCAGCUCAUCUCAGCUAGAGAACAUGACGCUGAGAUGAUGCUGCGUGUGCUGUUGCUGCUGUCGCUCCUGUCUGUGUCGGGACUCUCCGCCUCCACAGAGAACCUCGCAGCCGGAGCCAAAGCAGUGCAGUCGUCUACAUACAGUCACGUAGGAGGCGCUCAGAAAGCUGUAGAUGGUGACAAUAACCCUGACUACAUGCAGAGCUCCUGCACUCACACUGAUUUUGAAGUGAAUCCCUGGUGGAGGGUGGAGCUGCCCGCCAUCUACAACGUGACCUCAGUGACCAUCACCAACCGCGGAGACUGCUGUGGAGACCGGAUCAACGGAGCUCAGAUUCGGAUCGGCAACAGCCUCAAGAACAACGGCAACGACAACAAACUAGUUGCGGUCAUACGAGCCAUUCUAACUGGCCACACCAGAUCGUACAGUUUCCACGACGCAGUAGGACGUUAUGUGAACAUCUUCCUCCCUGGAGAACCGAAAGCUCUGACAUUAUGUGAGGUGCAGGUAUUUGGAGACGUGAUUGACGAACAGAAGGCGAGUCUCCUCCCUGAGAAAGCCGGCCUCCGCAACGUCGCCCUCAAAGGAAGAGCCACCCAGUCCAGUCUGAACGGCUCUGGAAUGUGGGCCGGCUUUGGGAUCGCUGGAAACGCCAUCGAUGGGAACCGGAACUCGAACCUGAUGAUGGGCUCCUGCACUGAAACAGCACAGGAGAGUGCCCCCUGGUGGAGGGUGAACCUUCAUCGCAAAUACACAAUGUCCACCGUGGCUCUGACCAACCGAGGGGACUGCUGUCCAGAAGGUUUAGACGGUGCCGAGAUCCGGAUCGGGAAUUCUAUAGAGAAUGAGGGAAAAGAUAAUCCACUCUGUGCCACUGUGUCCUCCAUCCCUGCUGGACAGACGGAGCACUUUAACUGCAGCACUCUGCUGGAGGGCAGCUACGUGACCGUGUUCCUGCCCCGAGAGGGAACUCUGAGUCUGUGUGAGGUGGAGGUGUUCGCAGAUGAGCUCAGGCCUCUGUCUGUUCUUCCUCCUGAGAACAUUGCUGCUGGAGCCAAAGCUGUGCAGUCGUCGACUCAAGAACAUCUGGGAGACGCUCAGAACGCUGUGGACGGAAACAAUAACACAGACUACAGGAGGGGCUCCUGCACUCACACUAAAUAUGAAGCAGACCCCUGGUGGAGGGUGGAGCUGCCGGGCGUCUGCAACGUGACCUCAGUGACCAUCACCAACCGCGGAGACUGCUGUGGACACCGGAUCAACGGAGCUCAGAUUCGGAUCGGCAACAGCCUCAAGAACAACGGCAACGACAACAAACUAGUCGCUGUUAUCGGCCCUCUUGGCUCUGAUGUCACAAAGGCCUACAGGUUCAGAGCCACAGAGGGACAGUAUGUUAAUAUUUUCUUGCCAGGAGAGAACAAGAUACUCACUCUGUGUGAGGUGAAGGUGUUCGCAGAUGAAGAAUUCAGCCCCGAGUCCUUCCAUCUUCACGAUCAGACCGAGCUGCACAACCUCGCUCUCCGAGGAACCGCCACUCAGUCCAGCCUGCACAGCUCCAGCACACUGGCUGCCUUCGGUCUCGCCCAAAACGCCAUCGACGGGAACCGAAACUCUCACCUGAAGAAGGGCUCCUGCAUGCAGACUGGAAAUGAGAGCGCCCCCUGGUGGAGGGUGAACCUGCAUCACAAAUCCAUGAUAUUCUCUGUGGCCCUAACCAACCGAGGGGACUGCUGUUCGGAACACCUGGACGGUGCCGAGAUCCGGAUCGGUGAUUCCGUAAAGAACAAUGGGAAAGAUAAUCCACUCUGUGCCACUGUGUCCUCCAUCCCUGCUGGACAGACCGAGUACUUUAACUGCAGUGCUCUGCUGGAGGGCAGCUACGUGACCGUGUCUCUGCCCCGAGAGGGAACUCUGAGUCUGUGUGAGGUGGAGGUGUUUGGGGUUCCAGUCGUCCGAUGUGGAGACUGAAUCUAAUGAAAUGAAUCUAAUGACUCCCUCACUGCAGCAUCGCUGCUCAAUCAGAACAUGUUUGUGUACAGGAUUCUCAGAGCCUGUGUAGGUUUGUUUGUUUAAACAUGGACGAACGUGACUCUAAUUCUGAUUCUCAUUAAAUUCGGAGGGUCUCCAGUCA